UUCAGCGCGUUGGCCGUCGUCGCACGGUGUUUCAGGUUGCGGAGAGGUAUCGCAAACUUAAACGUGAACUUUACGAGUACAACUGUCUUCUUUACAAUACCGAUUGGGUAAAAAUAGAGGCACUUUUGCGGAGCAAUGCCACUCCCGAGGCGGAAUUUUUUUUAGAAUGUUCAUGUAGGCUGAAUAUGGCUCGCAAAAUCCCUUGGCUGACGGAGGAUUCUAUCCGUAGGACCUUUCUGUGGUAUCAAGCAACACGUGUUAGCGGAGACGCUCUUAUGCUACGAAACAUUUACGCUGUGCUUCUAAGUAAUGGGGACUACUUUUCUUCCAGGGAGGCCAGAGAAAUUGGGGUGCGUCUCCUAGGGUGUGACCCGCUAGAUUUACGCGAGGCAAGUGCUCGGGCAAGGUGGCGGUAUGCACAGAUUUCGGAGGAGGUGGCGGCUGCACGUCUUUCGUCAUCGGUACUAGAAAUCAAAGAGCGUGUCCUUGCGAAGGUGUUGCGUUGGCAUGACAGUGUCUAUGCUUCAGAUUUCUUUCGUUUAUCGAUUAAUGUGUUUGGCCAGCGAGAUGGUGCUUUGGCGUGCUUUCGUAUCUCACGGGAUUACGAGCGACGUCGCAGGAAGACGGCACCGCGCGGUCGUCUCCAGCUGUUGUAG